GUGCAACUAUAUUCCAAACUCUAAUUUCGAAGCAGCAAAAGAAAUUAAUAAUGUAUCCAAGACUGAAAGUGAGAACCGAAGAUCAAGACGAUGAUGAUGAUUUUUCAGGAAGUGAUAGUGAAAGUAGGGUGUUCCUGAAGUUCAUUGACUCCCUACAUUUUGAAGGAAUAGUGAGGAAUAGCAAACAAGUUGGUGAGAGGCCAAACCAAAUUGCAAGAUCUAAUUCUGCUGUCUUACGUCCACGUGCAGUUCUAUCAAGUCCCGAAAAUGAUGAAUUAAUUGGAAGCAUAAAUGACUUGGUCAACAAGGAAUCUCGAGCUCAUAGACAAAGGGAUGCAAGAGUGAAGGUGGGAAAUCAUGAAGCUAAAGUCUCGUCUAACCAAGUUAAUAAGAUUGGAAUUGCAAAUAAAUUUAACAAAGAGGGAGAUGAGGCAUUGAAAUGCAAAGAUCCUCCCAGAGCAAAGUGCACUCUUAGCAACUUUUGAUCUUAAUGGCUAUAAUAAUACUUGAAGGGAGAGACAUGAUUAACCUUGUUGGUUGGAAUUUUUUAAUCCAUUCUAAGUUCAUUUGAGUCUCAGUUUACGAGUAAAAUUUACAAUAACGUUUUUCUGAUAUUCUAAAAUGGGUGUCAUAUUAAAAUUAGUUUGUGGUGGCUAUCAUUUCUUCUUAUUUAUUUAUUCAAAUAUGCUCCAGGAAUUAAAAAACAAUGCCACCGGUAUGAAAUACAGAUAUAAUAAUAUCUACUACUCCU